CUGGAAUCUGCAUUUUGCCAACUGAGCGAAAAAGGAACCCUCCACACAACAAAACUCGCCUCAACCAACACCUUGCCACAGCGACAGCGACACAGGCCAACGCAGUCCACACUGGCGUAAAGCUCAUAUCGCGGGCCGUACCCUUUGUCUAGGACGGGGUCCCUGUAUUCUCACUCGACUUGGCUUCCACGCUGAUCGCCUGUCCCCAAAUAUGGUCAAACAACGCACCCUCAGCCCCAAGUCCCUAUUCGACGAAGACUCCGUCCUUGAAGCCUUCGCCGCCCACAACAUAAAGCCCCUAGCGGCCAAGAAGCUAUGGCGGUACCUCAUCCAACAACCCGACAGAAUUGGCUCCUACCACGACAUCCCCGAGUUCCCCAAAGCCGCCGCCAAACUCCUCGACGAAGAAUUCGUGCUAACUACUAGCAAAGUGGUUUCCCGCACCGAUGCAAAGGACGGGAGCACCACAAAGCUGCUGAUCGAACUACAGGAUGGACAAAGGAUCGAGAGCGUCAUCAUGCGGUACGGCGAGGUGGAGCUCGACUCCUUCCCCGCCGAGGAGGCUAAGCGCAAACGGCUUAAAACAAAAGACGGGGGGAGCGCAAUAUCGGGGGAGGGAGACGUAAUCGAAUCCCUCGAAUUUAGCUCCAACAAACGCGCAACCCUCUGCGUCUCUUCUCAAGUCGGCUGCGCGAUGGGCUGCACAUUCUGCGCAACCGGCACAAUGGGCCUGCUCUCCAACCUCACGGCCGGCGAGAUCGUCGAACAGCUCUACCACGCCAACAAAGUCGAAAAGAUCCGCAAUAUCGUCUUUAUGGGAAUGGGCGAGCCGCUUGAUAACUACAACGCCGUCCUCAGCUCCAUCAAAGCCAUGGUAGACACCGCCCGCUUCGGUCUCUCGCCGUCACGGAUAUCAGUCUCAACCGUUGGCGUCGUCCCCCGCAUUCGCUCACUAAUGACAGACGCACCCAACGUCGGCCUCGCACUCUCCCUCCACGCCCCGACCCAACACCUCCGCCAACAAAUCGUCCCGACCUCCAAGGCAUGGCACGUCGACCGCAUCCUCGCCGCCUGCGACGCCUUCAUAGCAAACCAAAACAAAUCCGCAAAAUCAUCUAACCGCCGCCGCCAUAUCCUCGUCGAAUACGUGCUGAUCGCUGACGUGAACGAUUCACAAUCCACCGCCCAUGAACUCGGUCAACUACUGAAAGACCGCGAAGUGUUGUUGAAUAUCAUCCCGUAUAACGUCACUUCCGUACCCCACGACUACAAGACACCCGAUAGGGAGACGUCGAGGAGGUUUGCGGAGACGGUGAGGGGGUACGGCGUGCACACGCUGUUGAGGCAGACGAUGGGCGCGGAUUCGGCGAGCGCGUGUGGGCAGCUGGUUAUCGAUAAUGGCGGGCAGAAGGGGGCGAAGAAGGGGGCGGAGGCGGAUGCUGCUUCCGUGUUGGAUCUGGAAGAUCUGAUGUCGAAUAAUGGGUCCACGUGUGCGAGCGGGAAGGCGACACCACCGCCAAGGACGCGCGCUGGGAGGAGUACGAAUAGACGGGACGCGGCGAGAUCUACGUUAGUAGAGAACAGCUCAGAUCCGACAGAUGUGGAGCCAUCACAAGCAUGGAGUGGGAUACGGCGGAAUAUGCAUGUAGAUAGGUUGGUGCCUAUCGUAGCUGCGGGGUUGGUGGCGGUUGUGGUGGGGAGGAUAGCGGUUAAGGCGUUUAGGGGUACAUAGUCAUUUUUUUGUUU